GUCCGUCCAGCGACCAUGCCUCGCAAGGGCGCCAAGCCCUCCACGGCCCAGCGGAGGCCCGACGGGCAGGGCCGCCCCCAGGACGAGGCCGCGACGCCCGACCCGCCGCCCCACACCCCGGAGGACCGGCCCGACCCCGCCGACACAGAUACUCCAAGUGCCGUCCUCGAUCAGAGAAGUUUAGAAGAGAUUUUGGGUAGCAUCCCUCCUCCCCCACCUCCGGCAAUGACCAAUGAAGCCGGAGCUCCUCGCCUCAUGAUAACUCAUAUUGUGAACCAGAACUUCAAAUCUUAUGCGGGGGAAAAAAUCCUGGGACCGUUUCAUAAGCGUUUUUCUUGUAUCAUUGGGCCGAACGGGAGCGGCAAAUCGAACGUGAUCGAUUCAAUGCUUUUUGUCUUUGGCUAUCGGGCACAAAAGAUCAGAUCCAAAAAGCUCUCGGUACUGAUCCAUAAUUCUGAUGCCCACGAGGACAUUCAGAGUUGUACCGUGGAAGUUCAUUUUCAAAAGAUCAUUGAUAAGGAAGGAGAUGAUUAUGAAGUCAUUCCCAACAGCAAUUUUUGUGUAUCCAGAACUGCCUACAGAGAUAAUACUUCUGUCUACCACAUCAGUGGGAAGAAAAAAACGUUCAAAGAUGUUGGAACUCUUCUUCGGAGCCAUGGAAUCGACUUGGAUCACAACAGAUUUUUAAUCUUACAGGGCGAAGUUGAACAAAUUGCUAUGAUGAAACCAAAAGGUCAGACUGAACAUGACGAGGGUAUGCUUGAAUAUUUAGAAGACAUAAUAGGUUCGGGACGUCUGAAAGACCCUAUUGAAGUUUUGUGUCGAAGAGUUGAGAUGCUAAAUGAACAAAGAGGAGAAAAGUUGAAUAGAGUGAAAAUGGUAGAGAAGGAAAAGGAUUCAUUAGAGGGAGAAAAAAACAACGCCAUUGAGUUUCUUGCCUUGGAAAAUGAAGUAUUUAAGAAAAAGAAUCACGUUUGCCAGUAUUAUGUCUAUGAUCUUCAGAAACGAGUUACUGAACUGGAAACACAGAAGGAAAAAAGUAAUGAAGAUACAAAAGAUAUUAAUGAGAAAAGUAAUAAACUCUCUGAUGAAAUGAAGAUUAAGAAUAAAUCUUUAAAAGAUGUAGAAAAGAAGCUCAAUAAAAUUACAAAAUUUAUUGAGGAAAAUAAAGAAAAAUUUACUCAGCUGGACUUGCAGGAUGUUCAAGCAAGAGAGAAAUUGAAACAUGCUAAAAAUAAGACAAAAAAGCUUCAGAAGCAGCUUCAGAAAGACAAAGAAAAGGUUGAGGAACUGAAGACCGUACCUGGCAAUAGUGAAAAAAUUAUCGCUGAAAUGACAACCAAAAGUAAUGUUCUUGAAAAGGAAAAAGAAAAAGAGGAUGAGAAACUGAGGCAAGUUAUGGAGAGCCUCAAACUGGAAACUCAAGAACUGCAGAAAGAGAAAGAGAGCCAAGAAAAAGAACUCAUGGAAUUCAGUAAAACAGUAAAUGAAGCACGUUCCAAGAUGGAUGUAGCCCAGUCAGAACUCGAUAUCUAUCUCAGUCGCCAUAAUACUGCUGUAUCGCAGUUAAACAAGGCGAAAGAAGCUCUGGCUACAACUUCUGAGACCCUGAAAGAAAGGAAAGUUGCCAUCGGAGAGCUAGAAACCAAACUACCUUCAAGUGAACAGGAGCUAAAAGAGAAAGAAAAUAAACUGGAGAAAGUCGCAAAAGAAGAAAUGGGCAUCAAAAAUGUGGUUCGAGAGGCUCUCCAAAAGGUUGAAGAAGCAAAGAGUUCUUUAGCAGUAAACCGUAGUCGAGGAAAAGUUCUUGAAGCAUUGAUUCAGCAGAAAAAAUCUGGAAAAAUUCCUGGAAUAUAUGGAAGACUGGGCGAUUUGGGAGCCAUCGAUGAGAAGUAUGACGUUGCCAUCUCAUCUUGUUGUGGUGCGUUAGAUCACAUCGUUGUCAAUACUAUCGACACAGCUCAAGAAUGUGUAAACUUUCUUAAGAAACAGAAUAUCGGCGUUGCGACGUUUAUAGGUUUAGAUAAGAUGACAGUGUGGGAAAAAAAGAUGAGCAAAAUCCCGACUCCUGAAAACACACCUCGUUUAUUUGACUUAGUUAAAGUAAAUGAUGAGAAAAUACGUCAAGCCUUUUAUUUUGCCUUGCAAAAUACUUUAGUAGCCAACAACUUGGAUCAGGCUACAAGAGUAGCAUUCCAAAAAGAUAAAAGAUGGAGAGUAGUAACUUUAUCAGGACAAAUUAUAGAACAGUCAGGCACAAUGACCGGUGGUGGAAGCAAGAUAAUGAAAGGCAGAAUGGGCUCCUCAGUUGUUGUAGAAAUUUCUGAGGAUGAGGUAAGCAAAAUGGAAUCCCAGUUGCAAAAGGAUUCCCAAAAAGCAAAGCAGUGCCAUGAAGAAAAAUUACAACUUGAAGAAUCAAUAAUAAAAUUGCGUCAGAGUGUUCGAGAGAUGAAAAACACUCUAGAAAAAUAUUCUGCAAGCAUCCAGAGUUUAUUAGAACAAGAAGUAUACUUAAAGGGACAGGUCAGAGAACUUGAGGCUAAUGUGCUUGCUGCUGCUCCCGACAAAACCAAGCAGAAGUUGCUGGAAAAAAACCUUAGUGGCUUAAAGACAGAUUAUGAAAAAGUGGCUGCAAAGGCUAGUAAAGUGGAAGCAGAGGUUAAAAGAUUACACAACAUCAUAAUGGAGAUCAACAAUCAUAAACUCAAAGGUCAACAAGACAAACUGGAUAAAAUAACCAAGCAACUAGAUGAAUGUGCUUCUGCUAUUACUAAAGCUCAAGUAGCUAUCAAGACUGCAGACAGAAAUCUUAAGAAGUCAGAAGACUGUGUCCUUCGCACAGAGAAAGAAAUGAAAGACAAUGAGAAGGAAGUUGAAGACCUAACAGAGGAACUCAAGAAUCUUGAAGAGAAAGCAGUUGGUGUUAUGAAGGAAUGCAAAGAAGCUGAAGGUUCCUUGCCAGAGAUCCAAAAGGAGCAUCGGAAUCUACUUCAAGAACUAAAAGCGAUUCAAGAAAGGGAGCAUGCCCUUCAAAAAGAUGCAUUAAGUAUAAGGCUAAAACUUGAACAGAUAGAUAGUCACAUUACUGAACAUCACUCAAAAAUCAAGUAUUGGCAAAAAGAGAUUUCAAGGAUAUCACUGCAUCCUAUAGAAGGCAAUCCAGUUGAAGAGAUUUCAAGUCUAAGUCAAGAGGACCUGGAGGCAAUCAAAGAUCCAGGCUCUAUAACCAAUCAGAUUGCUCUGUUAGAAGCCCGGUGUCAUGAAAUGAAACCAAAUCUUGGAGCCAUUGCAGAGUAUAAAAAGAAGGAAGAAUUAUAUUUGCUCCGUGUAGGUGAAUUGGACAAAAUUACCAAUGAAAGAGAGAACUUUAGGCAGGCUUAUGAAGAUCUUCGGAAGCAAAGGCUGAAUGAAUUUAUGGCAGGCUUCAAUGUGAUAACAAAUAAGCUGAAGGAAAAUUACCAGAUGCUUACUCUGGGAGGUGAUGCAGAACUAGAACUAGUAGACAGCCUGGACCCAUUCUCAGAAGGAAUCAUGUUUAGCGUCCGUCCACCCAAGAAAAGUUGGAAGAAGAUCUUUAACCUCUCGGGAGGUGAAAAAACGCUCAGUUCGUUGGCUCUGGUGUUUGCUCUUCAUCACUAUAAACCGACUCCCCUUUACUUCAUGGACGAAAUCGAUGCCGCCCUGGAUUUUAAAAACGUAUCCAUUGUCGCGUUUUACAUCUACGAACAGACAAAAAAUGCACAGUUCAUCAUCAUUUCUCUGCGAAACAAUAUGUUUGAGAUUGCAGACAGACUUAUUGGCAUCUACAAGACUCACAACACAACAAAAAGUGUUGCAACCAAUCCAAAACUAAUUGCAUCCAAAGGCCUUGCUGAACUCUCUUCUCUUGGAAACUGCUGAAAGUAGAAUGAGACCAUGAGAAGUUCAUGUAUUUAUUGCUCACCCACUAUUGGAUUUUUUUUUUAAUGUAAAUAUACUCCUUUGGGUGUUAACAUCCUACAUGUUUAGCCACAUUUAUUUUGAAAAUGAGAUUUAAAGUACAGAUAUACCACCUCAAGCUCACUUAGGUUUUAGUGACUGAAUUUAAGGUUCCUUCUUAAAGAAGUUUGCGUUUGACAAUUAUCUUUGGGUCUGCUUCUCAUUUUAAUAAAUGUUUGAAUGUUUAUGUACUA